AUGGAACCCUCACGCUCACAGAUUGAUAUUGACGCUAAGAAAAUCUACAACUACCAUCGCAUGGGUAUGUCCCUGAGUCCCGCCACAGCCAUCUUCUGUUUGUGUAGUCUCGACAAACGUGUCGCGACACGUGCUGCACAGCUAUUCCUCGAUGGGUACGGAGAGUAUCUCAUCUACUCCGGUGGAGUCGGCAAGUUGACGGAAGAUCGAUUUACUGAGCCUGAGGCUGAGGUUUUUGCGGGCAUAGCGAGGCAACUGGGUGUGCCGGACGACAGAAUCAUUGUGGAACCGCGAUCAAGUAACACAGGCGAAAAUGUCCAAUUCACCCAUGCACUUCUAAAACGCCGAGGAUUGGAAAUAAAGAGCUUUGUGCUUGUACAGAAGCCAUACAUGGAGAGACGGACUUAUGCAACAUUUCUUAAGCAAUGGCCUGAUGCGGGUACGAAAUUCGCAGUGACCAGCCCAAAGCUGGAGUUUGAGGAGUAUCCAGAUGCGCAGAAUCCCAAAGAUCUGGUGGUCAAUAUCAUGGUUGGAGAUUUGGUCAGGAUUCGAGAAUAUCCGAAGAAGGGGUUCCAACUCAAACAAGAAAUCCCCGAAGAAAUAUGGGAGGCGAACCAGCGUCUUAUUGCAGCUGGAUUUGAUGGUCAUCUGCCUUGGUAA